AUGGCUCCAGCUCGCGCAGGAGAAGUAUCAUGGCCAACGGGCAUGGAUGUUUCUUCAGCCUCGUACGAAGGAAGUCCUCGGAAUGCCGAACACAUCAACAAUAUCCGUUGGGAUCUGUCGUUGAAACCAAAACGCUACGAAAUGCUCGGGACUCCUCCAGAUUCAAGUAUCUUGUUUCUGGACGUUAACAUAAUUGAUUCUACUGGGGCCGAGCCUUACAACGGCGAUGUCUUGAUCCAAGGCCUUGGCGAUGGUCACACACACUUGACAUGGAAUGGCGGCGACCUCAACCAUUUGGGAGAUCUUGGCGUUGAAGAACAUACCCUGGUCACGGUGAAAAGCGCACGCUGUUUUCUGGACUCCGGGUACACUAUGUGCUUCGGUGCCGCUUCCGCAAAGGAACGUUUGGAUGUCGUCAUCAGAGAUGCAAUAAAUGCUGGAGACAUUCCGGGACCACGUUAUCUCGCUAAUGGAAUGGAGCUUGCUCGGCGGGAUGGGACACUUGUCGCCGGGAUUACGGCUGCUGCAGAUGGACCUGAUGAAAUGCAGACUCUUGCAGCUCAAGAUUGCUACUUCACGGACGAGGAGACGGCCGCAUGCGUUGAUGAAGCGCACAAGCAUGGCAAGCGACUAUGUGCUCAUGCAAGAGCCAGAGACUCCGUUAUAAUGUGUGUCAGGCACGGCGUCGAGGCUAUCUACCACGCAUCUUUCAUCGACGACCAAGGCAUGGACAUGCUCGAGAAAGCCAAGACAAAACACGUUGUGGUACCAGCCAUCAACUGGCUUAUCGCCACCCUUCACGAGGCAGAGGCCUUCGGAUACACACACGCCCAGGCCGACAAAGCAGGCUACACUCGAGAGCUCAAUACUGCGAUUGCGGGCCUCCGGGAGAUGCACCGCCGCGGCAUUGUCGUCCUGCCUGGAGGGGACUACGGAUUCGCAUGGACGCCCCAUGGGACAUACGCGCGGGACUUGGAGCACUUCGUCAAGCUUUUGGGCUUCACGCCCCAUGAAGCUAUCAUCGCUGCCACAGCGGGUGUUGCGGCGUUGAUGAUGAGGGCAGAUGAGUUGGGUAGAGUCCAAAGGGGGUGUUAUGCUGAUUGCAUAUUGGUUGACGGGGAUCCGUUGGCGGAUAUCAGCGUGCUUCAGGAUCACAGUCGGCUGAACGUCAUCUGUAUCAACGGAAGGAUCCAUAAAGUAGCAGAUCAGGACUCCAGAUGUUGA